GGAAGACACAACCUUUAAUGCGUUGGUGCUUUUACGCAAUAUAUUGUGACAAAUAGCGCCAUCUGUUGGGCGAGUCUCCUACUCGCCAGAGCUUAAUUGCCGAUCUCUGCUUUUACGCGAACCACGAUCGCACAAGCCGCCUGGCGGCGUCUGUGAGGACCGUGACAGUGGAUCGCCUUCUAGAUCGACGCGAAGUGGUCUCCAACAUUCUAGAUGUCGCUUUGUGGUACACCCGGUUUUUCUCGAAACGAACUUGAUACCGAAGACAAGCUCGAAUACAGCUUCUUCCCAAACAACACUGGCUUCGCUCAGUUUAGAGUCAGAGCCCCAAAUGACGCUCACAUUGCUCUCACACCAACUGCUGCUGAAGUGGAGCCUAUGUACGAGAUCUUCAUCGGCGGUUGGGGCAACAGUAGAUCAGUCAUCCGCAAGAACCGCACCAAGCCUGACGUCGCCGAAACCCCCACCCCUGGCAUUUUGAACGAGAACGAAUUCAGGGGGUUCUGGGUCCGUUGGCAGGGACCCACGAUCACAGUAGGCCGAGAAGGCGAAAUCCCACCCUUCCUAAGCUACACCGACCAUGAAGUUCUCAACAUUCAGUACAUCGGUGUUUGUACCGGUUGGGGUGCAACUGGAUCCUGGCAGAUCGAACCUCCACAAGCCCGAGGAGGUUUUCCAUCAGGCGGCAACGCCGGAGGCUUUGCAGCUCCAGGACAAAUCUCCACCGCAUGCUGGACUCCAGCAUCCAGCGGUCAGGUGCCCCCCAGAGCCUUCGCGGGUGGUGAAGACAACGGAGAGCCUGUCUACAUAGUCAGGGCGCAGUUUAACGGUGGUUUGAUUCCCGGCAAGCUGGUGAGCAGUCACGGGUGCUCCUAUGUCGCUUGGGGUGGGCAGGAGAACUCUGUCAACGAGUACGAGGUACUCUGUGACUUCCCUGGACAGUGGGUCGCUUGUUCUGGAGGAAAUAUACCACCAAAUGCCUUAACAGCUGGGCAAUCAGAAGACGGCGAGCCACUUUACGUAGGAAGGGUCGUUCACGAUGGUGCGCUGGUAGUGGGCAAAGUCCAACCAUCUCACGGCGUUUGCUACAUACCAUAUGGAGGUGAAGAAAAGUCCUUCCCCGAAUACGAAAUUCUAGUACAGUAGACGUAAAAUGGCAGCUUAUUAUUUUUAAUUUUCCCUUCCAUGGCCUUCAUUGUUGUUGAGAAUACGUAUAUACAGGAUGAUAUGUAGCCAAUGUUUAUGCACUUUUAGUAUUGGACAGAUUAUUGCAUACAAAAAUAAAUUGAAAAAACGCAUAAAAACGGAAGAUUCGGGCAAAACAAGACUAAAAACGAAAGCAUUUUAUGUAUGUCUCUCUUUAUAUAGUAUAGGAUAUGAAUUGCUGAUGUAUGUUAGAAACCUGAAUACUGUAUAUCGCUUCCAUUUUGCUUAGUAGAAGUGCCUUAUUCAAAAUGGUGAAUCACUGAUCAAAUUCUAUACAUGUUCACAAAAAAGCUUAAAAAGACGGAUUAUGUCACAUAGAAGAAGUCAUUUUGCGGAACAUGUUAGAAAUGCCCAAAGCGUAAUUUAUCGUAUUAACUCUUAUUUUAGAAAAACAUGUUCAUUGAAAUUACUUUUGAAUCUUCUCCAAAAAAGCUUGUGGUGUAUUAUGACAUAAUCGGUCUUAUUUUUUUCUUGGAAAUGUUAUUUUUUAUAUUUGUAUUUAUGCACCUAGUGCAAUUAAUUUUUGAUUUAUUAUUUAUGAAAACUAGUUUUACUAUUAUAAACAGAAAUUAUCCAUCUUUGAGUUAAUUUGCACUGUGAAAUGUUUAAUUUUUGUAUCUUGUAUACUUUUUGUAUUGUAAACGAUUGUUGAUGUAAUAAAAUUGUAUUUUAUAAAA